CCUGUAACACCUAACACUUAGGCUCGAAUAAUGGAUGUGAGAGAACUUCUUUCUCAUUUUUACGACAAGAACUUCCUGUGAGGUUUGCAAACAUCCUGAAAGAAAUUGAUCUUCUUCCUGAUAAAUUACUAGGCACUCCAUCAGUAAAAUUAGUAAAAAGCUGGUACAUCCAAAGCCUAAAGGAGUUGAUUGAGUUCCAUCAGAAAAGCCCAGAUGACCAAAAAGUCUUAUCUGACUUUAUAGAUACUCUAAUUAGAGUCCGAAACAGACAUCAUGAUGUGGUUCCUACAAUGGCACAAGGAAUAAUUGAAUACAAAGACACUUUUAAAGUAGAUCCUGUCACCAAUCAAAACAUCCAGUAUUUUUUGGAUCGUUUUUACAUGAGCCGCAUUUCCACCCGGAUGCUAAUGAACCAGCACACUCUUCUUUUUGAUGAUAAAUCUGGCUCUGGGCACCCAAGGCACAUUGGAAGUAUUGAUCCUUGCUGUGAUGUUGUUGAAGUAGUGAAUGAUGCUUAUGAAAGUUCCAAGAUGUUGUGUGACCAGUAUUACCUAACAUCUCCAGAACUGAAACUUACUCAAGUGAACGGAAAAGCUCCAGGAGAACCAAUUAGCAUUGUAUAUGUUCCAUCUCAUCUUUUUCACAUGCUUUUUGAGCUUUUUAAGAAUUCAAUGAGAGCGACUGUUGAAUUCCAAGAAAACAGUCCUACCCUUUCUCCGAUUGAAGUGACAGUUGUUCUAGGAAAGGAAGACCUGGCAAUCAAGAUCUCAGACCGAGGAGGUGGUGUUCCAGUGAGGAAAAUUGAGCGGCUCUUUAGCUACAUGUAUUCCACUGCACCAAGGCCAAAUGUGGAUGAUGGUCGAAAUACCCCUCUUGCCGGCUUUGGGUAUGGCUUGCCAAUUUCUCGUCUGUAUGCUAAAUACUUUCAAGGAGAUCUAAAUCUUUACUCCAUAUGUGGUUAUGGAACAGAUGCUAUCAUCUACUUGAAGGCCUUAUCAACAGAAUCAGUGGAAAAACUGCCAGUUUUUAACAAAUCAGCUUCCAAGCAUUACCAGGCUACCUCAGAGGCAGAUGACUGGUGUGUCCCAAGUAAAGACCCAAAGAAUAUGGCAAAGCAGAGUGCAGCUUCCUGAAGAGAAGAUGGUAUCAAGACAUCCCGGGGGAUCAAGCUGGCUUUAAGAGCAGCAUUUGGAAGUAUUCAUCUACCUUCAAACAAGCAAGUUUCAGGACUAGCAGAGGAAAAAGAAGAUAAGACUAUCAUAAGCCUAAGCUAUAUGCACUGAAUCUGAAAUCUUGCUGUGGACUUCUGGAUGAGGAAAAUAGAGCACAUAUGUCUUUAAAAAAGAGCUGUGUAUAGAGGAAAAUCAAGCUAUUUUUUUACUGUGAUCAAGGACUUGGUGUGGUAGAGGUGUGCAAUUUAUAAAUCCUGUUUAAUGCUUGAAUUCUGAACACUGACUGAUAAACAAGUUAUGCUGAUGCAUAUUUUUCUGUUAGAAUAGUUAUCAGCAGUUUAUCUUAUUACAGAACUUCUCAGGUAGACAGAUAACAUCCAUAUUUUGAAGUUGUAUUUAUAACAUUUGGAAAAGAUCCACUUAACAGGUUAGUCUUGUAGCAAGAUAAAAACAGCAUUUAAGUACAGCCUGACUGGAGGAGAGGGAGCCCUGAGAAGUAGGGAGAAAGUGUUUGCCAUAUAUAAGGAAGUCCCAUUUUUAAAAAAAAGCUAUUCCAGGAAUAAUUCUUAUGUGGUGCCUUGCUCUGUGACUCACAUUGCUAGAUAUUUUAUGUUGAACUGUUUAUGGGAAUUAAGCUAAGUAGAGCUUCUAUGCAUAAGGUAAUGAAGAAGAAAAUCAGGGUAUUUUUAAAAGCUGUUGGAAAGAAAUGGAAAGCUACUUGGUUGUAACAGCUCUAACAUUAGGGUACAUCUGGCCUAUGUCCCUGUAUUCUGGAGGAUGUGUGCCAAGUCAGUUAGUAUUUUCCAUAAACUGAAGUUAGACAUGCAAGUUGAACAGAAAGGUUUUGGUAAUAUGUACCGUAUAAGCAUGUUGCAAAAACCAGCAUGUUUAAAACACAGUCUUAUGGUUUGUUUCUGUUGUGAGAUUAGUGGCUCAAUACAUUCAAACAAAAUCUGCCAAUUAUCUUUUUCAAAUCUGUAUUGGACCACAUCAGCUCAAAGAUGUACAUAGGGAAUCCAAAUCCUGAAAGAUAUGGGUGCACACUGAAGGUCUGUUGGAAAGGUUUUCAGGAGUGGUGGUGGAACUGUAAAAUUUAUUCUGAGAACUGUUCAUUGCAAUGGAAAGGGUUUAGGACAGCACUGAAAACUACAGGAAAGCGUUUAUGAACAGCAAAAUGGGGGGAUUCCCACAGGAACAGUGACAGUGGGAGAGAGUUGUUCAGAAAAUAUUCCAUUCUCAGUAACCUUCUUCCUUGCCCAUCUUUGUGUGUUUCCACUUUUGAAAGCAAGGUAAACUUAACAGAUGCUAACUAUUGGCAAGAUGGCCAGUCAGAAGUUCAUCAGGGCUGUAGAAUAUUAGUUGAUUUUUUUUUUUACUAAUUAUCAUAUUAUCAUCUGUUUGUAUGAUCCUUUGCAAGAAGUUGCAGAUACAGUAAAGCAUUCUGCUCAGUAUGACAGUUUUCUAUUAGAGAUUUCUAUUUGUUGGACUGAAAAUGACUCCAUAUUCCACUAGGAAUCUAAAAUGGUUUUUAACAGGAAACUACCUUUGCGUUCUUGAAGUCCUGUUGAGAUGUAUUUCUCAUUGAAAAUAAAAUAUUGAUAUGCCUCAUUUAUUUUAAAAACUAAUUUUAGAUGUAUUAACUGCUGAGCAUGAUGACUUUAGUACUGCAUGUAGGCUGUUUUUAUUCUGCUGAAUUAGCUGCAGUCAUCAAAAGUCACCAGAUCAUGCGUGAUGAGCUCAGCUCAAUGAAAGAAAUGGCUAAUAAAAAGGAAGUACCUUUGUCUAGAAUAUACAGGUGUGAAAAAGCUGCUUUCACUGUCAUAGCUGUUCAUUGAUUUUUGAAUUGAACACAAGGUCACAAACACAGACCUAGGUAGUCAUUGUUGUGAAGUAAACACGAUUGAUACCUUUCUGUCUGCAUCCAGUAAUGUUUGAACUUGAGUUACGAUCUGAUGGUACAUCUGUAACACAGCUGCAGCUGCUCGUUAGUAAUUUCUGUUUCAAAGUACCCAAGGCACGUGGGUGCUGCAAAAAUGUUGGUGAUGCUGCUUGCAGAGCAAAGCUGUAGAACAGUCAUGAUGCAGGCAGUGGUUGUCAGUGUAAGUCUACUUAAGGAAUACAUAUGAAAUCUGUGUAAUAUUACAAAUUACAGCUAUCUGCCUAGACAAUACAGCACCUUUUUCAGCAUUCACUGACUUUAUUCUGAAAGCAGAGCUGUAGUUUUAAGCCUUUUACUUGGAUGUAGAUGUUGAAAUAGUUUUAUAAUAAAAUCUUUUUAAAUGGU